CCAGCAUGGUUUGAACGCCUUUCUGACUCGAGGUCCCGUGGUGAUACAUCGCCAAAGGAGGAACGUGAUGAUGAGGGACUCAAGCUCUGAAUAGAGCUAGAUGAGGUAGAUGAAGAAACUGAGCAAGAACGAGAUCGUGUUGUCUGGGAAGCGUCAGACUGGGACGUUCUUGCGUCAUUGAGGCCGAGUGAAGCCAUGAGUUCGAUGAAUGAAGGGAGAGCAGAAGCAGGCAUCGAACUUGAAGAAACAGCUAACGUGAAGUCGUCGAGGAGGACGUUGGAACGGCCUUCAAGAGCGCCAGCCAUGAAAGCACUGGGCAAUGGUUUUAAAGGAUGGUGGAGCGCCAUGGAUACCGCCCACGCGCCCCUUUGGCUUACCAUCAUAACCUCACAGCCUUUUUUCCCGAUUCCUUUCCUCGUAACGCGCCGUAACUGGGUCAACUGAGGCGAGCGAUACGAUAAUUAAUUAACGUCAUGAUCACAGUUGCCUCGAAAAAAACAAGGGCUGAGAGCUAAGCAUCUUACCGCCAUUUAGACAGGAUUCCACAACAUUUGUGAGCAUGCGAAUCUGCGGGUUGUUACACAAUGUUGUUGUAAAACAUCGAUUGU